AUGGUUGCUAGUGUCUGCUUUAAAGACGGAGUGCUUCCGCAGAUUACACAGAUUGCUGCAGUGGAGUUACAGUCAGGAGAGCAGUUCAAUACAUAUGUUAAACCAACAGUUCCCAUUUCUAUGGCUGCAACAACUGUUACUGGCAUAUCAUUUUAUAAUGAGGAAAUGACAGUAAAUGGAACAAAAGUGCAAUCAGUGUCCAUAAAAACUGCUAUGGAUGAAUUUGUUAAUUGGAUAUCCAAAUUCAAAAGUGUAUGUUUAGUAGCUCACAAUGGUCGCAGAUUUGACUUUCCCAUUCUUGUGUCUACAUUAAAGAACAUUGGAGCUCAGGAUAAGUUAUCAGAAUGUGCAUUCAUUGACUCCAUGUCAGUGUUUCGAAAGCUUUAUCCGAACACAUCACUGAAACAAGUAGACCUUGUGUCAUCUUUACUUGGUGAAACAUACGAUGCACACAAUGCCAUGGGUGAUGUGGUUGCCCUUGGGAAAUUAAUCAAGUUUGUGAACCUCUCAAGUAGUGAUUUAAUGGCUCAUAGUUUUACUCAGUCAGCAAUUGCUAAUAACAUGGCUUUCAACAAAUCUAAAACACUCAAUUUGCCAUCAUUGAAUCCGUUGAUUUAUUCAGGUGUGAUAAAAAAACUACGGCUGAAAACAUUGCUGGGUCUGGUCUGA